UAGACCCGGAGUUAAAGGUCAAUGAUGUUUUCCUAUACACCCGUGCGUUAACCUGUCGUCCAAGACCUUUUUCAGUUUUUGAUGAUCCCUUUGUCUUGGACCAAAAGGGCUUGAGGAGCAUCACAAACGGGAAGAAAGUUUGGCACGACAACAAGAAUGAGGACCACGAUGUCAAUACUUGCUGUUAGUAUCCUUGUUCUGGCUAGCAUCGGACAUGUUCAUAGUACCAGCAUUCAACGAGAGACUUGUAGCAAAAAGAUAGAUCUCGCCAUCGUCCUUGACGCGUCGGCUAGCGUGGGGGAACGCAAUUAUAAACUCUACAAGCAGUUCGCCAACAAACUCAUCAGCCGUUUUACCCUGGCGCAGGGAAAGACAAGAAUUGCCGUCAGCUAUUUCUCCGCCUAUUAUCAUCAGGUGACAGCCCUGAAUGACGUCAUACCUAAGGCUGAAUUGAGGCAAAAGGUGUUAGAGUUACCUUACGAGGCCUCGUUCACAAAGAUAAAUUUAGCCAUCAAAACAUUAGCAGCUGAAGUAUUCACUACACGGAAUGGAGCAAGGCUCUCUGAACCAGCACCUCCGAAAGGCACACUUGAAGAUGACGACGAUGACGAUGAUAUCCUUAAACGAAAGCCAGGUGCCAAGCUCGUGACUGUAUUUCUCACCGAUUCAUUCAGCAGUUCUGGCUUGGAGGCGAUGGAGUACAGAGCGGGUAUAUUAAGGGAAAAGGGUAUUGAGAUAUUUGUUGUUGGCGUACCGGGAGAGGACUACCUUGGCGGGAUGGCCGUAUUGGCAAGCAGUCCAAUAAACAAGCAUAGCUAUGUCAUCAGCCAGGACGCGAAGGCAAACGAGAUCAUGAUGAAUAAACUCGUCAAACGGAUUUGCAAAGUGUCGAGAAGUGCAGUUUAAAAUUAAAAACUCCCAGUAUGUUAUAUUAUGAAUGCUAUGAUAAAAUGAUGACAAGCACAUAGACAGAAUCCGCCAAGGGAAUGGGAGCGCCGGUUUAAAUGUUAUAUGCAAAAGCAUCUUUGAUAUGGUGAUUUAUUCGAAAAAAGGAAUGUGUAGUUACAGAAAAUAUCCAUACCUCCCCUCCCCUAUCUGGAAUUUCCAACCCCCUGGAAAAAAAAAAUACGGUUACUGUUAAGGAAAAAGGGCAUUUUACCCCCACCCCCUGGAAUUUCCAAUCUCCUCAAUGGAGGGGGGGGGGGGGGCGUAUGGAUAUUUUCUGGAACUAUACACAAUACCGCAAUAACUUUUCUAAAUCACCUUAUGACCUCCGUCAUUCAAAAUCUCUGAAGCGUUUCCUUUGACCAGCACUCAAAUGCUUUCAAAUGACAUCAUGACGCUGACAAAUAAAAAAGAAUCCAAAUGUAAUUCUGCCCGCUUGAAUGAUGGAAGCCAAAAAGCGGAGAGUAAGAAGAAUAUUGAGAAUUGUUAUGAAAAUCUGAUCUAUGUACACCUUGCUUCUGGAAUAACUCCGACAUUAUUCGCA